AUGUCUCUUGUUAGUCAAAUAGCCUUUGUUGUCUUCUGUUUAGCAUCUGUCUUGGGGGAGGCGUCUACAUUUGACUGUGGGUGUCCACUAGUGACCAGGUACCUGGCCCUGAUAUCUGGUGAGUACAGCAACGCUGGGGAUGUUGGGACUGUAGGCCCAGCCUCAACACAAGAUGUUCUGUACAUGAAGUUUCAACAGGUGGAUGUCCCAGCCCUCGAACCUAGUAAAUCUCUAUACUUUGAAGAGAAAAUCAACUCUGUUCUAUUUAGACGUGAGAUCAUGGCGGUAAGCCAGACUAGCCAGGGCUAUAUCAGGAUGUUACCCUAUACAAUCACGCUACCUGCGGGGUAA